AUUUUUUUGUUAUAUUUUUUCCUGAUUGAAUUUGUGAUGUUGUUAAAAGGUUAGUACCGUAACUUUUUUCGUUCCGAUACAUAAUUUUAAUUAACCAAACACCUUUCCCAGUAAACAUUCGCUAUUACGUCACUUCCUGUUUGAUUUACCCGCGCGCGCGAUUCUGUGAGGGGAAUUCAUCUUUUCAGGCAGAAUGUGACGACCGUUGAGAUUCUCCAAGAAGGCGAUGUUGUGAUCAUCAUCAGCGCUCGUGCGCGUGGUUGCCAGGUUGCUUAAAAUAAGCAAAACACCGGGCAGAAAAUAAAGACAUGAACAUCUUGGAUGACAACUGGUGUCUCCAGAAGUUGUGCUGUAGGGCCCCUCCUCCACCUAGACCGGAGUAUGAUGUCGUGUGCAUCGGACUGAGCGGUGCCGGCAAGACCAGUCUGCUAUCUCGCUUGUGCAAUGAGAUCAGUGAUGGCACGGUACCAACCACAGGUUUCAGCAUCAAGGCAGUGCCAUUCGAAGAUGCCAUACUGAAUGUGAAGGAACUAGGAGGAGCUGAGAGCAUCAAGAAAUACUGGAGCCGAUAUUAUCAGGGUUCCCAAGGUGUGGUGUUUGUCCUCAACAGUGCGGCAUCAGAUGAAGAGAUGGAGGCAUCCCGAUCUGAGCUCCACUUGGCCAUGCAGCAUCCUCAGCUGUGCACCCUUCCUUUCCUCAUUCUCGCCAACCACCAGGAUUCACCAGCUGCCCGCUCUGUAUCAGAGGAGCUGUCGUCUAUGAUGCAAUCCACCAAACCAAGUGGAUGUCUGGUUCUAAAUCUACAGAUUCAAAAGCACUUAGAAUUGCAGCCGCUGGCCCGAGGGAAGCGAUGGAUUCUUGCAGGCACCACCAUGAACAACAUGGAGGCCGUGAAGGAGAGUUUCAGUCAACUCAUCCGCCUUUUGGAAGAGAAGGAGGUGCUACCUAGCAGGAUAUGAUUCAAUCAAACUUCAAAGUGGAAAGUGGGUUUGAAGUGUUGUUUGUUAAAAGGAUUUUUUUUUUACUUUUUUGUCAUUGUUUUAUAACCCACUGGAGACAUGCAAAUAGCCACAUGUUUUGAUGAGCUGACUGACAUAUUUGUUACCCUCAGGUCAAAGGCCACACAUAUGCUGAUUUAGUAGCAGGUGAACCAAAGUCUUUUAAAGAAAUCAGAUUUUUACCAUGAUUUGUAAACGUAAUAAGCUAUUUGAUAAUUGUUUAUUAGUUGGUUGUCAUGUGGUGUGACAGUGGAAUUUAUGUAAAUAAUAUAUUGUACAUGCAUAUAAACAAUCUAUAUUUCUUAUAAUGGCUCAGAAUUGAAAUUCUGUAAAUUAUAGUAUAUUAUAUUAUAUAUGUUUUUGUUUUAUUCAGCAAAUCUAAUGUUCAUUGCACUCAUUCUUUCUUCCAAUUUGAUAAUCUUAGACUAAAUGUCGAGUUUCUUUAUACUGGUUAUAUGUAGUACGUUUCUUUUACUCAGGUUUUAUCUCCAGAUGAUGUUGUUAAUUUUGUUGUUUGAAAAGACGACACACCCCAUUUACUUGGCACUGGCCAAGCUGUUUUCAGGUUUGAGCUGAAAUACAAACUCUAUCAAUCAGUGUCUGCAACAGCUGCAUUUGACAAGUCCCUGUCCGCCAGGCUUAAGCCCUCCAACUGUCUAUGGAGACUCCUCCCCGUCUGCCACCUCACUCCUCGCCCAGCCACGCUCUGCGGCCUCACCCGCUGCUUCCUGCUGGUAUUAUCCAAAUUCCUCUCCACAAAUUUAGAUUCCUGACCGCGCACCUCUCUGAUGUGUUAUUUUGUCUCACGGGAGUCUCAGAGCAGUUUAGGACUCACACAUGCCGUGUUUCUGUAUUUAUAGUGUAAAGGUUGUACAUGUUUUGCCCGCCAAUUGCCACUGGAUGUCUUAUUUUUUGCAACACAAAAAAAAAACAUAUUUGUACUGCCUUUCGUUUGAUUUGAGACCAUGUACCAGUUCGAUUUUUCACGUGAUCAUUUAUAUGCCCUCAUCCUAUAAUCUUCAGGGUAGCACUUUACUGCAGUACAUUUUAUGCAUUUAGCAGAUGCCUUAGGUAUCAUAAACUACAUAUUGGAUAGUUUUUACAGCUUUUAUUAAAUUAGGUGAAUGUUAAUUUAUACAGAUACUAUUUUUAAUGUUUGUUUGUAAUUAACUCUG